UUUAAACUCUUGACAUGAAGGUCAAACCAAAGUAAAAAACUCGUCUAGGAAGAUAUAAACUUAUCAGUGAUAUCUUAUCAGUGUGAAUAAAAUUAAACGAAUACAAAGAUAAUAUUGGAUUUCAGGACUUUAUAUCAUCUGUUUAAACAAAAAGUUGGUAUAAAAUAGGACAAGGUUUAAAUAUGGAAAACAGUGCGUAUCUUUUUGGCACCAUUUUGAUGACUGCUAACCUAUUUGUGGCGGCAAUAAACGGCUGUGAAAUUGAUGAAAUCAAGACAUACAACCUGUGUUCCCCAAAUAUGAAUUUCACCAUGAACUGCAGAAAUCUAUCUUUGACUGAGGUACCUAAAUCGUAUCCAAAUCAAAAGCCUGAACUCUAUGAUAAGGUUUGUGCUAUUGAUUUGAGUCUGAAUUCAUUUUCCGACCUCAAAAAUGGAACGUUUCUAAACGUCAGUAAUUUGAAUACUUCAACAAUUCGAAUUCUUAAUUUCAGUUUUUCAAAUAUCUCGUACAUAUCAACAGAAGCAUUUCAAGGUUUAAAAUAUUUACAAUAUCUAAAUCUUUCGGGAAACUCCCUUUCGUGUCCGGAUGGAUUUGGAAAAGGUGUAUUUGAAUUUCUGAUCAAUCUUAGAUAUCUGAAUAUUAAAGAAAACAAUUUUGACACAUUCGAUUGCUUAGGUAAAGAGCUGGGAUAUUUGAGGAAUUUAGAAGGACUGUAUGCUGAACUUUGUGAAAACUGUGCGUUUGGUAAAGACUUUGAAAAACUUCUAAAUUUGAAAAAUGUAAGUUUAUCUGGUCGCUCCUCAGGCACUUGCAAUGCUAAAGUCCUUCAUAACUACACAUUUGAAGGUCUCACUAUGGUGAAAGGUCUUUGGUUGUCAUCUUGUAAUAUUUCUGAAAUAGAGGCAAACACAUUCAGACCAAUGAACAAGAGUUUAACUCAUCUUGAUAUAUCUUAUAACGAAAAAAUUCAAUUUCAUGGAAUGAACAAAGGUCUUUACGGACUAAGAUUUUCUUCCGCUUUGUCGGCUUUAAAUGUAAACCGGAUUCACAAUGUACACGAAAUCGGCGUGAAAAUAAAGGCUUCUGACCUAGAGAAUCUUAGUACGUUACAAAAUUUGUCUAAACUUUUCAUGGAUCUCAAUAAAAUAGAAAUCUUUGAUGAAGAAGUCUUUUUUCCUACAAGUAAAUUUCCUACUUCGCUAAGGGUUCUUACUAUUGCAGGAAAUAGAAUAUCUUUUGGAAAAUAUAUAGCUUUUAUUCACACUGCUGCCAAUAUCACGUGCCUAGAUAUAUCAAGACAACAUCUUUAUUACGACCCUUUUAUAAAUGAGCACUACGGACGCGAGGUAAUGAAUGAAGAAUCUCUAAGUGUUGAUGAUGUUUGCUUCAAAAAAUCAAACAGUUUUCAAGUGUACACCUUUCCAAGAAACUGCUCGCUGUUUAUUCCUCCAAAUUUGCGUCGGGUAAAGUGGAGGAAGAGUUUCCUCAAUUUCGAUUUAAACGAUAAAGUUUAUCAUAUCUGUGGAGCAACAAAUCUUCUCUCAUUGGAUUUAUCAUUUAAUCUUUUCUCGAAAUGGGUAAGUCCGAUAAAAGGACUGGAAAAUCUAAAACAUCUUGACCUAUCAGAAAACUACUGCAAUGAGGUUGCGCCUAACUUUUUCGAUCAUUUCACAGAAUUACAGCGUUUGAAUAUAUCCCGAAACUAUUUAGGAACCACUUUCGAGAAAACAUUAACGUAUGAGCACGGUGGAAUAUUUAGGAACUUGACACAAUUAAUAGAUCUUGAUUUGUCACACAAUGAGAUUGUACGAUUUUUAGAUCGUGGCUUACUCAAGGGGCUGACAAAUAUUCACCAUUUAUAUUUACAUUCCAACCGUUUAAUUGAAUGGGACUAUGACAUGCCGAACUCUCUUAAGCUCAUAGAUUUGUCGCAAAAUAAACUAUCAAAUCUCUCUUCCAAAGUAAGAGAUCACUUCGACAAGGUUUGUAAUAAAUGUACUUGCAACAUGACUCUCAUAUUGUUAAACAAUUUCUUUAAAUGUGACUGUGACAAUCUACCGUUUUUAACUUGGAUGUUGUCUACCAAUGUGAAUAUCAAAAUUGAUACAUGUAUAUUGAACUCUGAAGAGAAGGGAAUUUCGAAGAAAAGUGAUUUAAAGAAAAUAAUUCAUGACUUAAAAAUGGAUAUCUGUAACGAUAAAACCUGGAUUACAUGGACCGUUGGAACUGUUUGUGUAGUGUUUGGAAGUUUAGUUAGUAUUGUGGCUAGCUUAAUGGUUUAUAGAUAUCGUUGGAAACUAAGAUAUCUAUAUUACAGACGAAAUAGACGAUUUAACCACGAGGGAUUUGAACGUCUUUUUGAAAAUGACGCAUUUGUAUCUUAUGCAAAGAGCAAUGCGAGUUUUAUCAAACGCUACAUGGUUCCUUCUCUUGAAAAGGAGCGCGGCUUACGCCUUUGGGUGGCAGACAGGAAUUCAAUGCCCGGUACAUCUAUAGCUGAAAAUAUCACACAUGGGAUAAAUAUCAGUCGGAAAUCAGUUCUACUCAUAGACAAGGCAUACCUUAAAGAAAGUUGGUGUAAUUAUGAAAUGAACAUGGCACAUGUUGAAUCAACUGAGACAAAGAGAAAACUAAUUAUCAUUGUGUUAAUGAAUGACAUUCCAUUGAAAAAGCUUCCUAUAUGUAUUAUGCGAUUUCUACGAAGUGAGCAGACCCUUGAAUACCCAAAGCAUAAGCAAGAUUUAGACACGUUUUGGACUGAUCUUGCUGACCAAAUUAUGAGUUAAAUAAAUUUUUUUGCAACGAAAACGAAUUCCAAAUUACAAACUCGGUUUAACAUUCCAGUUGACUCCAUUAGACGUUACGUCAGGUCAAUGCAGUCCAGGACAAUUGCGUGAGGCGCGAUUGGUUAAACGGAUUCUAAUUGCCUUGUACUUUUUAAUUUGCUUCGCAAAAAUCUUUUGAACGUUUUACAGAAUUCGAGACUUUCAAAAAAUAAUUAAAACACACUUGUUUAAACUUGCAUACAAAUCAUAACCAGACAAGGAUCAUAGUGAAACAUAAAGACAUAAGUAUGUACGAGUAUAUAUUUUAUGUGUGUUUUAAUUAAUCUUAAACGACAUUUGCAUUUUAGUUUCAUUAAUGUAGGCUAUGUUCUCUUUACAUAAGAUGUAUGAGUCUUCUUUUCAUUUUUAGUUUGUUUCUUAAUAUGUAUUGUUUGUUAAAUUGAUCAUUAUUGUACAGUGCCUUUGUUCGUAUGAAAAGUUUAGUACAUGUAUGAUAAUUAUUUGAAGUAAAAUUGUAGGCCAUAAAUACAUGGAAAUGUAUAAUAUAUUUUACAAUAUGAGUGCAUAUUCACUUAGCCUAAAUAUUAUAUCUGAAUCAGAAAAUAUGAGUUUCAAAAUUUCUAUGGAAGUCUGAAGGAUUAAUAUUGAUGGUGACAUUUGCUUUGACGUACAGAAUGCUAAGUUGUAUACACCUUAUUUGCAUAAUGUUCGUGCAUAUACCAAUAAAGGUAUUUAUUAUACUGGAGUUUUUUUGAUGGAGAGUGUAAAAAUUUGAAACAGAAUUAUUAUAGAUGUUUAAAUAUGUUCAGAAAUUAUUCAUGUGAUGAAAACAGGGUAGCUAUGGUAAAGGCCAGGGGUGAAUAUAAAAAACUUGUUAGAAAAAAGAAAUUUCUUUAUGUCAAAGAUCAGUCUAAAAAACUUGAAAAUGAACGUGUUUUGAAUGCUAAAGCAUACUGGAAGAUGCUCAGAGGUACUGUUGUAGAUAAAUGCAAUAAUUGUAGUUUGUCAUCAAAUGAUUUUCAACGUUAUUUUAAAGCUAUAAAUGAUCCUGAUUCAGUUUUUUAUCAACCAGAUGAAGAUGUUUUAUAUUUUAAUAUAAAUACUUGGAUGGUGAAUUAAGUAUUAUAUUUUCUGAGUUAAAUAUACCAUUUAGUAAACCGUAAAUAAUAAAAGCUUGUAAAAACUUAAACUCUGGGAAAUCAGCAGGUUCCGACUACUUAUUAAAUGAAUUGUUUAAAUACGGUUCUUGUUCAACUCAUUUUGUUAAUAUUCUAAAUAAUCUUUUUAAUAAAAUAUUUGAUUUAGGUUACUUUCCGGUACAAUGGACCGAAGGCUUUAGAGUACUGCUUAAUAAAAAGGGUGACAUUAAUGACCCAAGUAAUUAUAGAGGAAUAACUUUACUAAGUUCUUUUGGUAAAUUAUUUACAAACAAUAUGGUUUAAAUUAAUUAAAUAUAAUGUAAGAGUUAAAAUGUAACACGUUAUUAAAUCAGUGUACGAAAGGGUAAGGUCCAGAAUAAAAUAUCAAAAUGUUUUGAGUGAAGAAUUUUCAUGUGUGUUAGGCGCCCCACAAGGAGAGUCUUUAUCACCUUUUUGGUUCGCCAUGUAUCUUUAUGACAUAGAAGAGUAUUUUAUUAUGGAUGAAUUUGAAGGAAUUAAAUUAGGUUUCUUAAAAUUGCUGUUACUUUUAUAUGCAGAUUAUAUCGUUAUUCUAUCUGAAACAGAAGAAGGCUUACUUAAAGGUUUAUUGUUAUUGGAGAAUUAUUGUGAUAAGUGGAGAUUAACUGUUCAUAUUAAGAAAACUAAAAUAAUGAUUUUCAGAAAAGGCAGACUAAGACAAAACAUUUCAUUCGUAUAUAAAGGAGAAAAUGUAGAAAUUGCCGAAAAAUUUACUUAUUUAGGAUUAGUCUUACAACUGGUGGAUCUUUAAAUACUUCUUUUGAAACACUAUCUUGUCAGGCUUUAAAGGCAUUAAUAUAUAAAUUACAACUAGAUUUGAUUAAAUUCCCAUGUUUAACUGUGAAACAUAAACUAGACAUUUUUGAUAAAUUGAUCUCACCAAUUUUGAACUAUGCUUCAGAGAUAAGCGAUAUAUAUGAUUGUUGUAAAUUAGAAAAAGUGCAUUUAAUUUUUUGUAAAACAAAUUUUAUUUAUGGAGAACAAGGUAGAACAAAUUUGAAAUGCAGAAGAAUUGUAAGUGUAAUAAAAUACUGGCUUAAAAUUAUACAGCUUGAAGAUAUAAAAUAUGUUAAAAUAGUUAAUGAUUUAUUUUACAGAGAGUUACAGGUAAGACCAAACAAAAACAUGGUUUAGAAGUGUAAGAGAUUUAGUACAGCCGCUCUUGGUUUUAAUGAUGUAUGGUUAUCUCAAGGCGUAGGCAAUGUAGAUGUAUUUAUUAGUUUAGUAAAACAUAGGAUAAAUGAUGUUUUUAUCCAAAAUUGGUUUUCAGAAAUAAAUAACUCAACUAGAGCUCGUACAUAUGUUAUAUUUGCAGAUUUUAAAUUGAAAAAGUAUUUAAACUGUCUUAAUAUUGAAAAAUUUAGAAUUGCUCUGUCCCGGCUAAGAGUUCCUUCACAUAGCCUCGAGAUUGAAACUGGCAGCUGGAAAAAAACUAGUGCUAUACCUUUUGAUGAUAGGAAAUGUAUAAAAUUGUUUUAUUUUGGAAGAUGAAUUUCACUUUAUUUUAGAAUGUUCCCUAUAUAAUGAAUUACGAAAAAAAUAUAUGGAAAAGACCAAAUAUACCUAAAUUUGUAACAUUGAUGAAUUCAGAAAAUGAAAUAGAAAUUAGAAACUUGUCAAUGUAUAUAUUUAAAGCUUUCGAUGUUCGAAACACUAUUCUUUACAGUUAAUCAAAAGUUUGUCCCAAGCGCUGUACAUACACUUAUUUUCGUUUUGUUUUGUGAUUUACUUCCUUAUUGUUAUGAUGGUAUCCAUUUUUUUAACAGAAAUAUAAAUUGAGACGCGUGAUAGUAUAUUCUAUUAUCAGUUAACGUUUUCUGAUUGCUAAUAAUACUGUGUAACUUAAUGAUAUAUGUUUUAUAAAGUAGUGACAUUGACCAUUUGAUUGUAUUGUAUAUUUUGUUAUAUGUACUGUGUAUGCAUGGGCAUAUUGCCCAAAUGUACUUUGAAACUCUUGUAUUGUAUCCCAAGGUUUGUAACUUACAAGGUGGUAGUACAAAGUUUCAAUAAUAUGGCCACAUAAUCCAACCAGAACAACUGGACCUAGCAUUGUUUCUGUAUUUCAGAAUUUUAUAUUAAUAAUUGUCAUUGUAAGUACAUGUAAUACUUAAUACUGCUAGUGUACGAAAAUAAAGAUUAAAAGUCAAA